AGCAACUGAUACAUACAUACCUAGCCUCUGCUUUAUUCGACAUUCAACAUUCGACACUGGCUCAGUCAUAAAUCAUUAGGUACCUCACUUUUCUACGGCGAGGAACCCUUACGGCACGCUACUUGCUUUGAUUCUUUAGCUUUCUACACAUUUUGGGUUCUCUUGGCGCUGACCUAAACGUUGCCGUGCAUUUGUAUCUACCUCUAUAACGGCGCUUUGUUGCGGCAUCAAUACUUGGAGAGCAGUAUUUGGAUAUUGGAUAUCUUGCUCGAUAUCCUUGCGACGAGCGAAGGGGGCGGCACAGGUUACUUUAGUGUGGGAAGAUGAACGCCCCGGACAGAUUCGAGCUCUUCCUCGUCAACGAGGCCGAAGGCGAGAAGAAAAUCACCGAAAAGCCCUUUGCUGGCACUUCCAACACCUCGGACUUCAUUUUACUGAAGGAAGAUCACACGCUGGGAAACCUUCUCAGUGAGCACCUCAAACAAGCACCUCAUGUCUUGAUGGCUGGAUAUAAAGUUGGUCACCCCAACGUCCCCGAGGUCUUGAUUCGCUUGCAGACCGAUGGCACCGUCACUCCCCGUGAGGUCCUGAUCGACACGUGCAAACAACUCAUCGCUGCGUACGGUCAGCUUGGUCGUGAAUUUACUCGCGAGUACGAGCUUCGUCGUAUGGUAGCAGCUGGCGAGCAAGAGAAUGGCGGCAAGCCCUGAGAGAGAAUCUCAUCUCCACUCAUAAUUUCUAUUUUUUUUUACGACUACGGAAUCGGCACAGAUUGGGCAGGCUAGGGAAUGGCGUUUUCUGUUGACGGUACCUUUCAAGCGGAUGUAUGAUGUUGAUACUGCAUCUCAGACCUGUUUUAUAAGCAUAGAGCUACCAGGUACGCUAACUAGAAUGGACCGCGAGGGUCACAUUUUACCAGCAACAACCCCUCCUUCCCGAUCGUGACAGUCGUAAAAUGGCUUGUUUUCUUUAGCCACUUGUAGCCUGGAUUUAUAUCCAUACUCACGAUACCUAUGCGAUUCAUCAUGCCUUAAAGAAUAUCAUGUAGCGACAGGGCCCUCUCCACCUGGUAUCAACAUGCAGAUAUUGUUACCGUUCAAGAGAAUUUUAGGAAGUUUUGUGUGGUUGCCCGAAUAAUCGAAUUCUGUUACGUCUUCAAGAACCAUAUCUAUGAUGAACUCGAUCAGUAUUCGUCAUACCAUACACAUAAGGAUCAUAACCUGUAAGAUCAUACUUACUGACAUAGUCGUCGAAGCCCAUC